CCCCGCCCUCCACCUCGCGGGGAUCAUGGGCCCCGCAGCCAGGGCCAAGGCCGGCGGAGGCGGGGAGCAGCUGUUUUCUAGCAGGGGCGGUCACGUGAGGCGUCUCGGUGUUGUGGGUGGAGACAAAAAGCUGCAGUAAAGGGGGGGUCGGAUUUAACCGUCAUUGGGAAGCGCGCCUGAGCUGGAUCGCCUAGAGGGCUGAGAUAGUGUAUUCCUAAGAAGAAAACAAUGGAUUGCAUAUUACUUGUUCUCUAAUUGUUUGGACUCAGAAAGGUACAGGUUUGUUGCAAAAGCCAAAAGAAGAUGGCAACGCCUUAUGUCCCAGUUCCUAUGCCUAUAGGGCACUCUGCUUCCAGUUUUGCAACCAACAGAAACCAAAGAAGUUCUUCUUUUGGAAGUGUCUCAACAAGCUCAAACUCUUCCAAAGGCCAAUUAGAAGACUCAAAUAUGGGUAAUUCGAAACAGACAAGUGUACCUGAUCAAAUGGAUAGUACUUCAUCUGUCUGUAGCAGUCCCCUCAUUAGGACUAAAUUUACAGGUGCAGAUUCUUCCAUUGAGUAUUCUGCUAGACCAAGAGAAAGAGAAAGUGAAGAGCAAAAUCCUGAAACAGUGAAUUGGGAAGAUAGACCUUCUACACCUACUAUCCUGGGUUACGAGGUGAUGGAAGAAAGAGCUAAGUUUACUGUAUAUAAAAUACUAGUAAAGAAGACCCCAGAAGAAAGUUGGGUAGUUUUUAGACGGUACACUGACUUCUCUAGGCUUAAUGAUAAAUUAAAAGAGAUGUUUCCAGGCUUUCGAUUAGCACUUCCACCAAAACGCUGGUUUAAAGAUAAUUACAAUGCCGACUUUUUAGAAGAGAGACAAUUAGGAUUACAAGCAUUUCUUCAAAAUUUAGUAGCUCACAAGGACAUUGCUAACUGCCUUGCAGUGAGAGAAUUUCUUUGUCUGGAUGAUCCACCAGGUCCAUUUGAUAGCCUAGAAGAAAGCAGGGCUUUCUGUGAAACUUUAGAAGAAACAAACUACCGUUUUCAAAAAGAACUACUUGAAAAACAAAAGGAGCUAGAAUCAUUGAAGAAACUGCUCAAUGAGAAACAACUUCAUAUAGACUCUCUAGAAAACAGAAUCAGGACAUUAUCUCUAGAACCUGAAGGAUCACUACUCGUGUCAGGAAUAGAAGGUGGACAGAUCCUAAAGGUGGAGUCCCCUGCACUUGAGGUUGAUCAGGAUGUCUUGGACAAAGAAUCUAGAGCUGAUAAUAAGCAAUGCUCAAGCUUUAGUGAACCUGAUAAUUCUGUAUCAGACAUAGAAGUAGCAGAAGUAGCAUAUAAUGCGGAAGACUAAUGCAUCUUAAGCGGUUCCUUCCAUUUUUUAUGUUUCUGUAAAUUUAGAGUAGAGUGGCAAAUAUUUAAAAAGAAAAAAGACUGAAGCAUUUACAGAAAACGGCAAGAUUGCACAUGUAUAAAGUUUACAUAAGUUUUUUUUAAGUUAUUGGAGUAAAAAAUAUAUUCACUGUUGCUUUAAAUUGUCUUUUAGCCAAUCUUUGUGUUUAAUACACUUAAAAAAAAUCUGGAGUUCUGUCUUCAAGGCCCACAUCCUUAAAUACUGUGCAUAAAUUAUUUUGGUGUUUUGCCUAUAUAUUGCCCCAGACAAAUGUGGAUGUACACACUUGUUUGUGUAUGUGUAUGUGUGCAAGUCUGUUUAAAUCACCAGUUAUAUUGACUAAGUGGACAUAAAUUGCAAAUUGCAUGUUGUUAUCUGGGCUGGAUGUAUACUUUUUGUGUCUCUGACAUGAUACAUUUUCAUUAAUGGUUUAAAUCACUGGUAAAGAUGAAUUGAGUGUUAAAUACUUACAUGUUUAUCAUCUCUAAAUAAAAGCUGCUUAUUUGGAAUGUUACUAUUUAAAAGAAGAAAACUUUCUAGUACCAAAGAAAACUCUUUGAAAGAGCUAUAAUAACAUAGCUAAUGAGAUAAAAUAGCCUUGAUUUUAAAAGCUAAUUGAUUUAAUGUCAAAAUACUAUAAUAAGUAUACCAGUGUAUUAUAUGUUGUACUUGUUUAAUUUCCACAUAACCUUUAUCUUGAAUCUCUAUUUAUAGAAUCAGCGGGUUUGCCUUUUUCAGAACACUACCUCUUUUUGCUAAUCAAGGCAUACUCUUUUGAAAAUAUAGAUUCUAAGCAAAUAGGCAGUUAUAUGAAAAAAAAUAAAAGAGAAAAAGCCAUAUAUCCUGCAGAGUUCCUAUGUCAGUUCCUGGCAUUGCAGUUUUGUUUCUGUAUAUGUGAAUAUGAUGCUAUAAUGUAUUGAUGCUGGUUUUCAUAAUAUAUUUAACCAAAUGAUGCACUUUAUGAUAAUUAAACUCUUUUGUGCCAA